AUGGAGGCUUACCGCACCUACACCCCCAUGAAUCCAGAAGCUCCUGAAAACAAGGCAGCUGUGAUCAUAAGCUUUGUAAACCAGUCGGCCGCGGAUAUUAAAAGGAAACUACAAAAAGUAGAUAGGUUGGGAGAGAAGAGUUUACAGGAUUUACUGGCAGUGGCAGAGAAGGUGUACAAUAACCGAGAGUCUCCAGAAGACAGGCAAGCUCGCGUCAUGGCUGCCACUAGCAGUAGGCAAGCUCGGGACCUGGCUAGGGUCCUGCUGGCUACGACCAUGGGCUUCCUCAAGGAGCGAGACCGUCGCCUCCGACAGCUUGCAAGCAAUAAAGGAAGAGGACGGGACCUACUGACCAAAAUUGGAGCUCAAAUAACUUUCAGACAAGGGGGGCCUCAGGUCACCGAUGGGGAGGGCCGCCCCAUUCAGGUCCUGACCAUGAGGCUAGAGGAUGAAUAUCGCCUCUACCAGAAGACUUCCCUGGUGGAGGGCAGUAUGGACAAAUGGCUACAAGAAUUCCCAACAGCAUGGGCAGAGACAGGAGGGGUGGGGCUGGCCGCCCACAGGGCCCCAGUCCUGGUAGAACUAAAACCAGGAGAAGGUCCGGUAAGAAUCAAGCAGUACCCCAUGCCUCAGGAGGCACGGAAGGGGAUUCAGCCUCAAAGUCAGUCCCUUUUCGCCUUUGAGUGGCAUGACCCAGAGGAGGGCUUCAGUGGACAGCUGACUUGGACACGCCUACCCCAGGGGUUCAAAAACUCGCCCACCAUAUUCGACGAGGCGCUGCACGAGGACCUGGGUGAGUACAGAAGGGAACACCCCAACCUCACCCUCCUCCAGUACGUAGAUGACAUCCUGAUUGCUGCAGACACAGCCAAGGACUGUGAGCGGGGGACCCAAGAUCUAUUGGCCACCCUGGGGGCCUUAGGGUACCGGGCAUCCGCGAGGAAGGCUCAGUUAUGUCGAGAAAGGAGCCUCCUACUCAACCCUCCAAGAGUGCGGUUCCACCCCAGUGCGGCCCUCAAUCCUGCUACUUUGCUGCCCGACCCUGACUUAGAUGCCCCACUACACGACUGUGCGGGAAUCCUAGAGCAGGUACAUGGACUCCGGAAGGACUUGACCGACCGGCCCCUCCCUGAUGCAGAGGCCACCUGGUUCACGGAUGGGAGCAGCUUCGUGCGGGACGGGUGCAGGUACGCGGGUGCAGCGGUGGUCACUGAAACAGACACUGUGUGGGUGGAGGCCCUGCCCUCCGGGACGUCAGCCCAGCAAGCAGAACUCAUCGCCCUUACUAAGGCACUGACGCUGGGGACUGGGAAGCGGCUUAACGUUUACACAGACAGCCGUUAUGCAUUUGCUACAGCUCAUGUCCACGGAGCAAUCUAUCAGGAGAGAGGGCUGCUGACGGCAGAGGGAUGGACAAUAAAAAAUAAGCAAGAGAUUCUCGAUCUGCUUGCAGCCUUAUGGCUUCCUGCCAAGUUAGCCAUAAUCCACUGCCAGGGGCACCAGAAAGCCGAUGACCCAGUAGCAAGAGGUAACCAAAAGGCUGACCAGGCUGCGAAGGCAGUAGCCCUUACCUCGGUCCCUACCAUGGCCUUACAACUCCCAGACCCAGGGGACCCAGUCUUACCAGACCAGCCCAAGUACUCCCAGGAAGAAUUGCAACGCAUCAGAAAGCUCCCCAGAACCCAGGAAAUAAAAGGAUGGUGGCAUACACCAGAAGGGGAACUCAUACUACCAGACCGGCUCGGGGACACGGUGGCACAGAAUCAGGAGCCUCUGAAGAACUGCUUGGAUCUCCUGGCAAAGGAAGGCUACUCGGUGACCCAUUAG